UUCAUCCGCGAGGCCACGAACUAAGAGCUGAGGAACCGUCGUCCGCCAUGGUCAGGCAAGUAAGCAGAAGAAUAAGAGAUGUAUAAAGAAAGUAGCAAGAACAAGAACUGACUAACCUGCGUAUACAAGCUAAAAGGGAAGCCCUAAAAUCCUUGUUGAAUUUUUGUAAUGGCAACGAAGAUGUCUCUGUUACCAAAGUUUGCAAGGAAUACCAAUCGUCUGUCUCCCAUGUGCUUAAGAUCAAGAGUUCUAGUUGUCAACGCCCUUCACAGGAAUGCCUUUGCUUUCAGUUGGGAACUGUACCCUCAGCUUGUUGUCUGUCGUGCCACUCCACCUUCUUCAGUCUACAGUUCCAAGAGGGUAGUCUGGUCAGUUAGGAGCAGUAUGGGCGGUGGUGGCAGAUUGGAGCCUCCUUCUGAAAGUAGCACCAAUGGUGGGACCCGACUAGUUAGAGCAAUUCAAGAUUUCCGAAUCAGAUUAAAUGCAAGAAUUCAGGAAUUGAAGAAAGGGUUUCCAGUGAAGGUAUUAUUUUUCUUGGUGGGCUUCUAUUGUGCAACUGCCUUUGCCACUGUCAUAGGGCAAACAGGUGAUUGGGAUAUUCUCUCUGCUGGCUUGGCAGUGGUUGUUGUGGAGGGGAUUGGGGCCCUCAUGUAUAGGACUUCGUUUCCUUUACUUGAAAAGGUCAGGAGCCUGGUCACUGUGUUUAAUUAUUGGAAGGCUGGGCUUUCCUUAGGUCUUUUCUUGGAUGCAUUUAAAUAUGAAAUGGAUAAUGUUCUCGAGCUAUGUAAUCCCUUCAAUUUUGAUAAAGAUGUGUUUUCCAUAUUCUUCUGACAA